UUUUUAUCUAUCAUGUAUACAAUUGUAAAAUUUGGAGAGCAUAAGACAGAAAGUUUCGUCUUAAGAGAACAUUUGAUUAUCAAUUUCAAAAGAAUCAUACCUUGACAGUUCAAGAAAAGUACAAAUGUCUUUUGGAUUCAAUUAUUGAUAGAAAAGACUAAAAGAUUCGGAGGAGCAAGUUUACCACAAGAGACAAAGAACACUUUUUUUUCUAACUUGUAACUACAAAUGUAUACAAGUCUACAAGCUGUAAAAUCUUAAGGAAAACUGAAUUUACAAAAUGUGAAUGGAACUUCGUAUUUGACAAUAUACAAAAAUCGAGUUGUAAAUAGCUGUCAUGACAACAGAACCGGAAGUAACACAAACACCACCUCCAUCAGAAGCCAGCAGUCAGUGUAAGGAAUCGGAUAUUGAUACGGAUGUCCACGAUGAAGACGAGGAUUGGGAUACUGAUCUGGAAGAAGACAAAUUUCCACAUCGAGAAGCUAUCCCAGAGAAAGAGAAAUCUGUAGUGGUGUAUGAAAAAGCUUGCAAGAAGUAUGGCAUUAUAACUUCUUCAAGUUUUCUCAGAGGUCUAAAAAAAGGCAAAGUUAAUGUCAACAACCAAGGAUUUGGUCCACUGGGUGCUAAAGCAGUAGCUUUGAGUUUAGUUUUUGACAGUGCUGUCACUCAACUUGCCAUUUCUGGGAACUUCAUUGGGCGAUCUGGAAUAAAACUUAUUACAGAUAUGUUAAAAGAAAACGACACCAUUACCAGUGUGGAUAUAUCGGAAAAUGCAUUGGGAUCAUAUGGAGCCGAACUCUUGUCAAGUUUGUUAGAAGACAACGCCAACAUAAUUAAUAUUAAUGUUUCAGGCAAUGGAUUCAACGAAUAUGAUGCUUGUUAUUUUGGGACCAUUUUAUCCAACUACAAAUCUGGUCUGAAAACCUUAGAUUUGAGCCACAAUCAGCUGAGUGACCAGGGCGGUAUUAUCUUGGGAAAAGCUUUAGCCAGCAACGAAACGCUGCAAGUUUUAAACCUGAGCUGGAAUAACAUUAGACAACAAGGCAUAAAAAGUCUCUUUAUUGGAUUAAAGGAUAACACUACUUUACAAGAGUUAGAUUUAUCUUAUAAUGGGAUUGGUGAUAAAGGAGUAGAAAGUAUUGCUGAAAGGAUACAUGAAUUGGAAUCCUUGCUUCACCUGGAUCUUAGUUCCAACAGAAUCGGUCAGAUUGGCAUAGGAAAACUUAUGAAAAGUAUUGGGCAUAACAAAUCUUUAAUCGAAUUGAAGUUGUCAAAAAACCCUAUUACUGCGGAAGGUGUAUGCUUAGCUAUUGGUAUUCUCAAAGAACAUCCAGAAUGUGGAUUACAGAUUUUAGAAAUUAAGGACAUAUCAGUAUCGAGUGCAUUUUCUACAUUAUUGGAGGAGUUAUUAGAAUUGAAACCAAGGUUUCGAUGCAAACAUGGUGGUUUUAGAAACCAAAAUGACAUAUUCAAAUUUGCAAUAAAACAAAGGGAAGAAAAUCUCUUGAACGAUCCUUUCAUGCAAUUAAUGGAUUUUGUUCACCAAAAGAAGUUAAGAUGGGUCGAUUUAUUUUAUCGGCUUGAUACAGACAAAAAUCUAUCGAUAAGUGAAGACGAAUUUCGCACUGGAUUAAAGAGCGCUGGUAUACCAGUAACAGAUUUUCAAAUAGAUCAACUGAUAGAAAGGUUGGAUGUAAACGAGGAUGGAGAAAUAGACUUCAAUGAAUUGCUAGAAGGACAAAAAAGGUAUGUCAGAAGAUUGGAGAAAAUAUUUGGGGCAUCUCCGGUUGAACCUGGACAAACCGGUCGAGGGACAAGACCUACAAGUGGCGCCAACAAAUCUCGCCCAUCUUCGUCAAACGAGUCCCGACCAUCAUCAUCAAAUAAAUCUCGACCGGUUUCGAGAAUAUUAAAUAGACCGUCUUCAAGGUCAGAUCACCAUACAGCUGGUUGAGGGAAAAUAUCAGUUGAUAAAACAAAUUAAAUUCCAUUCAUAAACAAGAUUGCGUUGACGCAAACGUCUGUCUCUCAUUUUUUUUUGCCUUGAUAUAUUCAUGCAUAUAUAUGUUUAUGUACUAGUACAUGUAGAAUGCAUACGUGUGAUUAAAACCCUUGAUAUGCCUUA